UUAGACACCGAUUGGCAUAACAUAACCAGGAGUCAGGUGGUGCAAGAUUGUAAAGGUCAUCAAUAACAUCUUCAAAAAUUAAAAGCAGCUAGUGCAAAGUCACUUAAACUGACUAAUUAUGAUCAAUUGCACUGGUGUUCCAUUGAUUGUGAUCUAAUUCUAAUGGUCCACUAAUCAUUUCAGUGCUCGAAACCAUCAGGAACAAUCUGAAUCCUGUUUAUUUCCCCACUAGAUGGCAGUGCUGCUACAAGUGGAGCUGCCCAUCACCUCUCUAAUAACCUGUGACUUUUAUGACUCCACACAUGAAAAUAUAGAAUUAUGAUUCCAUGGAGGCAGUGACCUUUACAUCAAUCAGUCCGGAGAUGUUGAACAUCUCAUCACCGUUGUCCCGAUGGCCCUCCACGCGGAGCUGGAAAGAGCUGAGCACGCCACCCGGGCAGUACUGAGAUUCACUUUUAAAAUAUCUGGCACCACCUGCUGCAUCAAUUGACGAGGAACAGCCAAGCACCUCAGUUGUGCCAGCAUCCUCAGAACCACUGCAAGGAACUUCAGACACGCGUGUUGUAUCUCUUUCUGAUUGAACCACUGAUUCCACACAUACACUCUUCUUAGAUGCAGCAAGCAAACAGACGCUCCACCAUCAACCGAUCCUGCUGACUGGCCUGCACAUCUCACAAACACAAUAAGGACAGAGUUUGUUCGGAGAGGACCAAAUCAGAUCCACUUUUAAAAUAUCUGGCACCACCUGCUGCAUCAAUUGACGAGGAACAGCCAAGCACCUCAGCUGUGCCAGCAUCCUCAGAUGCAGCAAGCAAACAGACGCUCCACUAUCAACCGAUCCGGCUGACUGGCCUGCACAUCUCACAAACACAAUAAGGACAGAAUUUGUUCGGAGAGGACCAAAUCAGGUACACCUGAUUUCAUUUUUCCAUGGAGAGAUGAUGGGAGAAGUUGCCACCACCAGUACUUCAGCAGGACCUUAAUAAAUGGAGAAAGGAUAAAAAAAAAAAUUGGUUGACAUAUUCAAAAAGAAAACAGUCUUUUUUGUUUUUGUUUUCAACUUUUCUCCCCAAAACAAUUUUUUUUAACAAAUGGAGAACUGUCUGAUUGGAAAAAUGCAAGUGCUGCUCUAAACAGCCACGAAAACAGUCCGGAACACCUGAACAAUUUGGCGUCAUGGAAAGAAUUGGCAGUUCGAAUAAAACAAGGUACAACCAUGGACAAACAAGAGCAGGCCCUCUUAGAGGCAGAGCAGAGUCGGAGGAGAGCAGUGCUGACAGGACUGGUUGCUAUUGUACAGUCGCUGGCUGUGAAAAUAUGGCAUUUAGAGGAAACACAGAAAUACUCCACUCUCCUUCAAAUGGAAACAUUUUGAAAGAAGUUGAGCUUAUGGCACAGUUUGACCCAGUGAUGAAAGACCACAUCCACAAGAUUAAAUGUGAACCAUCACACCACAGGUACUUGGGCAAAACCAUCCAGAAUGAGUUGAUUGAAUGCAUCAGUGGAAAGAUUCUCUCAACAAUGGUGCAAGAAAUAAAGAAAUUCAAAUACUUUCUCCUCAUUUUAGAUUGCACCCCGGAUGUUAGCCACAUUGAACAGCUGUCAGUAGUGAUAUGAAUUUUGACAUUGGAAGAAGAGCCCCAGGUUAAAGAGCACUUCAUGGAAUUCCUAGUAGCAGAGGAGUCCACUGGUGAAAGUUUGUCUGCCCUGAUUUUGAAGAGGGUGGAGGAGUUGGAGAUUGCCUUUGAUGACUGCAGAGGACAGUCGUAUGACAACGGGGCAAAUAUGAGAGGAAAGAACAAGUGAGUACAGGCCAGGCUACUGCAACUGAACCCAAGAGGUUUGUUUGUGCCGUGUGGGGCACAUAUACUCAAUUUGGUCAAUUCUGAUGCUGCCAAACGCUCCAAAGAUGCCAUAUUAUUUGUUAGUAUUGUGCAGAAGCUAUACUGCUUGUUUUCUGCCUCUACACAGAGAUGGGCCAUCCUCAAGAAAAAUGUCAACCUUUCGCUCAAAAUGUGGUCAGAAACCAGAUGGGAGAGCAGAGUGAAAGCUGUGGGACCUCUGCGAUAUGAAGCCACAGCUGUAAGAGAGGCACUGCUUGAGGUUAGAAUCCAGGCCAAAGACCCAAUCAUCAGGAUUGAAGCCCAGUCUCUGGCAGAAGAAGUGGGGUCAUUCUGCUUUUCACUGUGCACAGUGGUCUGGUAUGAUGUGUUGAUUCAAAUUCAGCAGGUGAGCAAUGCUGUCCCAAACAAUGCAAGUGGAUGUAGCAGUAAGUACUGAAAAAGACUGAAAAAGCUCUUGAGUCCUACAGAGCCACAGGCUUUGUGGCUUCACAAACAUCAGCCAAGGCCAUAUGUGAAGACAUGAAUGUGGACGCUGUCCUUGUGUAAAGAGGCUAAAGUCCACAAAGAGACACUUCUCAGUGAACUUGACUAAAUACACUAGGGCCAGCCCUGUUUGUAAACACGGCGUAAUACGAGUUGUCUGUUCCGCGAUCAACACGUAAACUAUAAAGAGCGCUUUGAGGCCGAACCCCCUCCAGAACUCGUUAGCUGGCUUUUCCCGGUGAAACCUUCCACUCACUGCUGUCGACAUGGAGAGUCUGCUCCGUGCCUUGGCCGUGCUGGCCGUGUUGUUCGUGGGGUUGUUCCAGCACGGAGCUGUUGUGGACGGCCGGCCGUCCACAUCUGUGCUGACUGUGCCAAACGGAGCGCCGUGGGGAACAUGGAGGGGGCCCGAGAUGUGUCCUUACCAUUUCUUAGCUGUUGGCUUCAGUACCAGGGUGGAGGCCAAACAGGGCAGUGGCGACGACUCGGCCAUGAACGGCAUCCGCCUCAUCUGCGGCAAAGACGAGCAACGGAGCCCCAUCACCACUGUGGAGUCUCACACUGGCUACUGGGGCGACUGGUCCAACGCUCAGUACUGCCCCAGUGGCGUGCUCACCGCUUUCCAGCUCCGCGUGGAGGGCCGUCAGGGUGGCGGUGACGACUCCGCCGUCAACAACAUCAAGUUCCGCUGCAGCAGCGGGCACGUGCUGGAGGGCACCGGCCUGGACUGGGGGGAGUACGGCGAAUGGAGCCAGGAUUGUGUCAACGGAGGAAUCUGCGGCAUCAUGACCAAGAUAGAGGAAGAACAGGGGGAAGGGGACGACUCCGCCCUCAACGACGUGCUCUUCCGUUGCUGUGCCAGAGCCUAGCAGCAAUUUAUAGGUUAGCAGCAUGGUCCACUCACCUGUGAUUGACUGGUGAGCAGCUUGGUCCGCCCCUCCUCCGUCACCCUGAAUUAAACAAUGAUUAAUAAUAAAGUGCUCAUUUGAAUCGC